AUGGAAAUCCUACAGUACAGUGCUGGGCAGUAUCUGUGUAAUCUGGAUUACCUGCAGUUGUCACACUCGGCCUGCUGGGCCACGGACGGACAGCCGAUGUACAGCAGAGAGUUCAUCAGGGCAGUCAUCUUCACCUGCGGAGGCUCGCGGUGUAGGAGAUCUCUGGAUGUUUCAGGUGACCUCUCCAGUGAUCUGCUCUCCGCUCAUGACCCCAUCGUCCCUGGACUGUCAUACAGACCCCGUCCUGACGCAGAGGCCCCUGUCUGGACAGGAGAGGGCCCGGAGGACCAUGUGUUCAUCUCAGAGGAAGUGCUGGAGGCCUCACGCUCGUCAGCCAGGAAGGGGCGGGGCGUGGUGGUCGAGCUGUCCAAUGCCAGCUGUAAAUAGGGCUGCAGUAAGAGUGAAAUCAGCUCACUGUGUUAAAGGACUGUGUGACCAUUUCAAGCCCUUCCUCGCCCCUCAUUCACUCCAACCUGAAGAAUGAAGGGGGAGAGGUUGUUGAAGUUUGUUCCUAUGAAAUACUGACAUAUAUGUGUGUCAGGGAUGUAGAAAUAGCUACUUUUUGCCAAAGCGAAGAGCUGUUUGUCAGUCUGUUCAGAAGCUGCUCAUCUCUGU